GCCCACUGAAGGCACCGGGCGCGACGACCAUUUUCGACCUAAUUCCUCGCCUUCCUUUUGACAAACAACGACCGGCUCAUGACUUUACGAUUUUCCGUUCUUUGGCUUUCACUUCCCUUGGCUCUUUGAGUGUCCCUUGCCCUUCCUGCCUGAUAGAUCCAACUGUCAUCGGUCCGGCUGCCUUCAGAACCGCCACAACCUUUAGUUCGGGACCGCCCCUAUUCUAGCGUCUUAAUUGUUGGCUUUAGAAGCGCCGACUUCGUCCGACAAGCAAGUCUUCUUCCCGUUCGACCAUCCUCACUUUCACGGGUUCGCACCUUGUCUCAGAUUCAACAUGAGCGACUCCAACGCCCCUCGUCAAUACGUGCCCUUAACCUGUCAUGGCCACUCUCGACCUGUGCCUCACUUGAGUUUUUCACCGCUCGAGAAGGAGGACGUGUAUUAUAUGAUCUCGGCAUGCAAAGAUGGAAACCCCAUGCUUCGUGAUGGCCAAACGGGCGACUGGAUUGGCACCUUUCUCGGCCACAAGGGCGCUGUAUGGCAAGCGAGACUAAGCCCUGAUGCUACCACUGCUGCGACCGCAUCUGCCGAUUUUACCGCGAAAGUCUGGGACACCCACACUGGCGAGCUGUUGUACAUCCUUCAGCACGACCACAUUGUCCGUGCCGUUGCCUACCCGUUCGACCAAUCGGGAAUGAUCGCGACUGGCGGUUUUGAGAAGAAGCUUCGCAUUUUUGAUUUGCACGACCAGAAGCCGCCCGGCGAGCAGACGGCGACCAGCUCCGACGUUGUCACUCCGGUGACCAUCGAGUCUUCCCGAGCGUUCGAGAUUGGCGAGGGCGUGCACAAGGAGGCAAUCAAAUUUAUCGUCUGGGCGCAAGACCCUCGAGUCAUCAUCACGGCAUCUGGCGACACUUUGCGUUGGUUUGAUUUGCCCACAAGGCGCUGCACCCGCGAGGUACGGCUUGAGGGGGAGAUCAAGUCGUGUGAGCUUGUCUCGUUGGCGCGAGGCCACAGCUCACCCACAGAUAUUGGUGGUGGCCUCCCCGUGUUGGCCGUUGCCGCCGGAAAGACGGCGUACUUUUGGGGCGGACCGAGGGCCGAGGAUGAGUUGAAGCAGAUCAAACUCCCACACGGAAUCGCGAGUGUUGGUCUCGAUUUGAAAGGGAGGAAGUUUGUGGUUGGCGAGGAACCGGGCACCUGGGCCCGGGUGUACAGUUGGGAUGAUGCUAAGGAAUUGGACGUACACAAGGGCCAUCACGGCCCGAUUUGGUCCAUUGCCUUCUCGCCGGACGGGAAUCUGUAUGCGACAGGCUCAGAGGACGGGACGAUUAAGAUGUGGAAGAAUUGUGAAGGUUUUUACGGGCUUUGGCGAGGGGGCGUGUCGGGUAACGGCACGGACUAGGAGGCGAACGAACGCCCUCUCGACAUUCCGCCUGACACCGCUGGCAUCGACGUGCCUCGCAGUCCUGCGCCGGCCCGGAGAGACAACCACGUUGCUCCGGUCACGACCCGCCAUUUUGGUUCAAAGGCCACAGUGGUGUCAUCUGAGGAGCAGAGCACUGUCGUCUUUGUUACCUCUCCGCCUACAGAAGUUGGAAAGAAUGCGUCGCUGCUGCCACUUGAGCGCGGUUCCAAAUCCUCGUGUUCCGAUUUGCUCCUCAGUUACGAAGACACAGACAAGCAACCGCGGCCGCGGUGUACCUGCC